GGGGAGGACAUCGCUACCUGAUCUAUUCUUUAUUAAGAUCAGGAGUCAUCCUGCAAAAGCGGAAUACAGUUUCUGGUUGGAUUGUACUUUACUUCUUUGAGUUUUGCGGACUGUUUUCUUGUUCAUCUCAUCGACAAUGAAGGUUUUAAUUGGCUUGUUUUUUGUGGUGUUUGUGGAUGUGGUCACCUCACAAUGUGUGUGCCCCAGCAUGAAAUGGGCAAAGUGUGAUGGAACCCCAUGCAAAUGUACACUUGCAUUGGAUGACACUAUUAAGCAGGAGCUUGAUUGUUCAAAGUUAAUUCCCAAGUGCUACCUCAUGAAAGCAGAGAUGUAUCGUGCCAAGAGUGGUCUGAGCUUGCGUUUAAUGGGAGGGAAGCCAGAAGAGACUGCUAUUGUGGACAAUGAUGGCAUCUAUGACCCAGUGUGUGAGAAGAACGGCAAUUUCAAAGCGGUCCAGUGUAACGGCACUGAUGUGUGCUGGUGCGUCAACACGGCAGGUGUGCGCAGAAGUGACAAGGGAGACAAGAACAUCAAGUGUGAGCCUGUGGAUACCUAUUGGGUUCGACUUGAAAUGAUGCAUAAAGGAGUUGGAGCUUUGGAUUUUGUCAAGUUGAAGACUGGGAUCCAGAACGCUUUGCUGGAGCGUUACAAUAUAAGUAAGGACCUUGUGAAAGAUGUUAAGUAUGAUGGCAAAGGCCGUAUGAUUGUCGUGGAUGUCCAGAAGUCUAAAGGAGACCGUACUGUAGACCUGUCCCUCAUGACUUAUUACAUGGAGAAGGAUAUUAAGGCUCUGCCCCUGUAUACUAACUCUGCACCAUUUGAGGUCAGUGCCGAGGGAACCAAAGUGUCCAUGGAGAACAUCCUAGUGUACUAUGUAGAUGAAGUGCCACCUACCAUCACCAUGCAGAAUCUGACUGGCGGAAUAAUCGCUGUCAUUGUUGUGGUCAGCUUGGUUGUGGUUGCAGGACUUCUUGCACUUUUCUUCUUGGGACGACGAGGGAAGGCCCAGUACAGCAAAGCACAGGAAAGAGAGCUGGAGACCAUGUCUUAAGUCAUGAAUUGUGUGUACUUGAGUCCAACACCAGGAAGUACCCCAUGCUGAAGUGUAGACCUGCUGUACAUUUGCUUGUGACCAUUUUUCAUAA